CCAUUUGGGGAAUUAACUCUUAAACUUUUCACUGCGAAAUUCUCAAUUUUAAUUUAAUUUAAUAGGAUAUAAGAUAAGUUGAAAACUGAUAUCUUCCGGUGAGUCGAACGCCGAACGCAAAAACCUCCGUUAAACACUUCUUAUUUCUUCCACAAGAAGUUACGUUGCGCCAAUUCGUUACUGGACAACUAGCGACUGCUCGAGAAUUGAUCGAUUUAACUAGAUGGAUCCCGAGGUUGGAUUGAGACUGCUUCUUUCUCCACUGGGUUCUAAUAUAGUUGUGCGGACAGCAUGCUGUUCUGUGGGGGUUGUUUUACCUGUUUAUUCCACAUUUAAGGCAAUUGAGGGAAGAGAUGAAAAUGAGCAGAAAAAGUGGCUUCUGUAUUGGGCAGCUUAUGGGUCUUUCAGUAUUGUUGAGUUAUUGACUGAUAAGAUUCUCUACUGGUUUCCAUUGUAUUACCACAUGAAGUUUGCAUUUCUUGUUUGGCUUCAACUCCCUACUACUGAUGGGGCAAGGCAACUUUAUAUGAAUCAUCUUCGUCCUUUCCUCUUGAAGCAUCAGGCCAGACUGGACCAAGUAGUUGGAUUUUUUUAUGCUCAAAUGUCCAAGUUUGUUAGCUUGCAUCAAGCUGAAAUACAGUUCGUGAGGGCACUUCUGAUGAAGACCUUCGUAUCAGCAAACCAGUUUGCUUCAGAUUUUAUUCGCCCUGAGCGAAGGAAUGUGAGCAGUGCAAUUGAAGGUCCAAGACAGCAAGUUGACACUUCUGAUUCUGAAGAUGAAGAGUGAUGCUCAGCCCAACGAUAUUUCAUAAUUGCAAUGGUUUUCCUUAGAGAAUAGAUCUAUUCACUCUUUACCACUCAUAAAACCUCUACAUACUGAGUCUUACAUUUUGCAUUUCUACGGCUCUUAUGAGUUUCGAAAUUGAUUUUCCUAGAAAAGUUUCUUGAGAGGUAUUUAAGACUUUCAGUGGUUUUGUACAUAGUUUCUCAAGAGAGGUUAGCUUAGUUGUUCAAAUGCAGCUAGGAUUUUUCCAUCUACAUUGUCUAGGUUGAAAUAAUUACUAGUAUACUAGCAAAAGGUUUUAUUUAUAUAUGUUUUUGUGUAUGUUUAUAUUCGUCCUUUUACAUUUUGUCACAAAUUACUGUAAGAAAUGUGACAAUGGACAAUGGACACAUCGAACAUUUCUCCUUUGCUUAAAUGGAGCAUUUGCAUUUA